UCCACUCCACUCCACUCCACCGCCCAUAAUAAGCAAAAGAAAACCAAAUUGACCCAAAUGCUCCCUCUUUUUACCUAUUUUCAUGUCUGAUCAUUUAUAUAGUAUAUCUCUACCCUAUUCCCCUUCUUCCUCUUUCACUUUUAGCUCUUCACCAAACCCCAUAUCCUCUCUCUCUGAGUAAUACAUACAGAAGAAAAGGAUGCUGAAUUCAGCCCAAACAUCUUCUUCUCAAUCCUCAGUUUUCUGGGUUCUGGUUUAGGGUUAUGGGCGUUUUGUUGCUUAGAAUGAAAGAAACAAGCAAGAGCACAGGAAAAGACUGAUUUUGGUGUCAUGAGCUAAGCCACACUUUUUCUUCUAACUUAUAAUUAUAUAUUUUUUCAUUAUAUCCCUCUUUUCUUCCCACUAUCUUCCCUUUUGUUUCUUUAACAAGUAGAGCUUUAAUUAGUGCUUUCAUUACUGCUUUGGGGGCUGUUUUCAACUUUCAAUCACUGCUUUAAAACGUUUCAUCGCAUGUUAAUGGAUCCAGUUACAUCGAAUGGUCUUUCUCUUCCGCCUCCAUUUAACAUCAGGGAUUUCAAUCUUCACCACCACCAUCAUCACCAGCAACUGCAGCAGCAGGAUCAUCAAUUCCAUCACCAAAACUCCGAAGAUGAACAAAGCGGCAGCAGCGGCGGCGUAAAGAAACUGGAACGCGACGACGGCAGCGGCACCGCCGAUGGCAAAGAGCUUAGUAUCCAUGGUGAAGGGGAGACGAAUAGAAGGCCACGAGGCAGGCCUGCAGGAUCCAAGAACAAGCCUAAGCCACCCAUCAUCAUCACUCGAGACAGUGCCAACGCUUUACGCACUCAUGUAAUGGAAAUAGGCGACGGUUGCGACAUCGUCGAGAGUGUCUCCACCUUCGCUCGACGACGCCAAAGAGGCGUUUGCAUCAUGAGCGGAACUGGGAACGUCACCAAUGUUACACUUCGGCAACCAGCCUCGGCUGGUGCAAUCGUGAGCUUACAUGGGCGUUUCGAGAUAUUAUCAUUGUCGGGUUCGUUCUUGCCUCCACCGGCACCGCCUGCAGCCACGGGUCUAACCAUAUACUUGGCCGGCGGGCAAGGGCAGGUCGUGGGUGGCAGUGUUGUCGGGACACUAACGUGUUCAGGCCCUGUUGUGAUUAUGGCAGCUUCGUUUAGUAACGCCGCGUAUGAGCGGCUUCCAUUGGAAGAAGAAGAACCACCGCAGCUUCCGAUACCGGGCGGUGCAAUUGAAUCGUCGCCGGAUGCAGUAGGAGGGCAGCAGCAGCGGCAACAACAACAAGCGAUGGCCGACUCAAAUACGCCUCUUUUUCAUGGACUACCACCAAAUCUUCUCAAUUCUAUUCAAUUACCAAGUGAGGCAUUUUGGGCCAAUGGUGGUCGCUCUCCAUUCUAGCUAACAAUCUUUGGUGAAUUCAGUUCAGCUUCAUCUUCAGGCCUCAACUAUAGCCAAGAGGAUGAUAAAAAAAAAAAAAAAAGAACUUGAUUUAUAGCUAGGAAAUCUGGGUUUGUUGAGCAACAUUUUCCAGGUUUUGUUUCUUUUAUUACUGUUGGUUUCUUCUUUCUUCAUUCUGAAUUGAAUUUGAUGAGUAGAUGGUAUAUGCUUGCUUGUCGAUUGAAUGGGUGUAAAUUCAUGGAUUCUUGGUGCAUUUGAUUUUAUGAGAAUAAGUAUUUCCAGUA